AUGCUAUCUUCUGGGUACGAAGGGUUUCCUGGGUUCGAGCUAUCUUGCAGUACUGAAACUAACCAGACGCUGCUCCAUUUCACCCUUUCCAUCAACUUCACCGUUCAGAGAAUCGAUUACAAUUCUCAGCUGAUUUAUUUGGGAAGCCCAGAUGGGUGCCUCCCAAGACAACUCCGACACCUGGAUCUCUCUACAACUCCGUUCAAAAUAGCGAGCUCGAGCUAUACUAGUUUCAGCUUUCUCAACUGUUCCAAGGUCAUCAUAGGUUCUCCACCGAUAUCUUGCCUAGGCCCAACAGUCUAUGCCUACAGUUCGGGAGCCUCCUUGUAUGAUGUUGAUUUGGUGUCUUGUAAGAAGAUGUAUGCACUUCCGUGGUCAAACAAUGAUGAGUACGGUAAUAUCUUUUUGUUGAGCUGGUCUAAUCCAAGAUGCAGCAGAUGUUACAAGGCUAAUGGGGAAUGUUGCUUGCUGAAGAAGCAGGCCAGCCACAAACCUGAAGUUGAGUGUUCAGGAGAUGCCCAUCGCAUUUUGUCUUUGAAGAAGGUACUCAUUCCUGGAGUGACUCUGGGUGCAAUCUCCAUUGUGGCAUUGCUCAUUGCGCUCUACCAUGCUUACAGGUUUGAUCGUCAAGAGAAGGAGUAUAGGUUAAAGAUGGAGGAGUUUUUGGAUGAUUACAAGGCUCUCAAGCCUACGCGAUUCUCUUAUGCUGACAUCAAAAGAAUAACCAACCAGUUCAAUGACGAAUUGGGUCGAGGAGCUCAUGGGACAGUAUUCAAAGGCAAACUGUCUAGUGAAAUCCAAGUAGCUGUCAAGGUCCUGGACAACAACGUCAUCACCACCAAAGGAAAUGAACAGGACUUUGUGAAUGAAGUGGGAGCAAUGGGAAACGAACAACAUUCCAGCCUUGGGUGGAAGAAACUCCAAGAGAUCGCCAUUGGAAUAGCCAAAGGGAUAGAGUAUCUUCACCAAGGAUGUCACCAGAGAAUCCUGCAUUUCGACAUCAAGCCUCACAACAUUCUCCUCGACCAAGACUUCAACCCAAAGAUCUCUGAUUUCGGUCUAGCCAAGCUGUGUGCAAAGGACCAAAGUGCCAUAUCCAUGACGGCAGCCAGAGGGACCAUUGGCUACAUUGCUCCAGAAGUGUUCUCAAGGAAUUUUGGGAGUGUAUCAUACAAGGCUGAUGUGUACAGCUUCGGGAUGUUGCUGUUGGAAAUUGUCGGAGGAAGGAAAAAUGUCGAUGUCACUUCAGCAGAUGGUGUCAAUCAGAUAUACUUCCCGGAGUGGAUAUAUAGCCUUUUCAGCGAAUCCGGGGAAGAUGUGGAGGAGGAGGAAAAAGAAUACGGCAAGAUUAGGAAGAAGUUGGCUAUAGUGGGUCUCUGGUGCAUUCAGUGGAACCCAGUAGAUCGACCUCCAAUGAAGCUUGUGGUGCAAAUGCUGGAAGGGGAAGGUGACAAUUUAACACCACCUCCUAAUCCUGUUAGCUCCAAUAUUGGUGGUGUGGCAAGAAUGGGAAAGCCGCGACCACUCCAAGAGUUAGAGAUCAUACCAGAAACGGAAUAA